CUCAUCACGUAAUAAACAAUAGAUCGAUUUGAUGAGCCCAUAAAAAUUUAAAUUUCGAAUUUCAAAUCAAACUUUCAAAAUUAGGUAGAAGGCGACUAGAAAAAUAAUCUUAAUUUAAACAAUUCGUUAUGUAUUUUUAAUGUUUGCAGAAUGAACCAUUCGAACCACUUCUAAAUUAGUAAAAUAAGAUAGGUACAUUGUAUUUAUGUGAUUUUUCCAAAGAAUUGAACUGAAGCUGUGAUAUAUUAAUUGUGUGUAGUGUCGUGGUUUUGAUUAUUAAUUAUUGGAUGUCGAUCAUUGGAUAUAAAAUGGAUAGAAGAGGUUAUGCAGCAGAAGGCGCCACUGGUGCCUAAUAAUAUCAAGUUUCAGCAACCGCACAUUCCGCAAGCGACCCGCAGGGGUUUGGCUGCGAAUUUCUUCAAAGCAACAUUUAGUUCACGCAGCAAGGCAGUGCCUGCUGCGUCUUCCUAUUCGGUUGAAGAAACUAGCAAAAUAGGCAGCGCGGAGACAAAACCUGUUACUAGAAAUCGACCUAGGACAGCGCCAGCAGAUACACAAGUCAAGAGAAAAAGUGUCGAGCGGCCAAAGCUUGUACUAAAUCGUGAAACCUCCUUAGAGCCAGCUAGACCGCUACGGAGCAAGCCAAACACCCCGGACCCCGGGCCCAAAACACCACACAAAAAUGACCUGAAAACUAAGAACGUCGUUUUAAAAAUUAUUAAAAAAACACCGGCGCCGUCAAAACCAGUGGAAUCCAAAACUGACAGUCUCCUCCCGCCAUCUUUGAAAGCGUCGGUUGCUGAAAAAAAUAAAUUGACGCGUUCGAAAUACGUAAACAAUAACACUGUUUGGACGAAUGCUAAUGUAACAAAGGAGAAGAGAGGACCGCUUUUAUCCCUCAGAGGACCCAGCCAGGGGAAACAGGAGUCGACCCUCAAGGGCGCUCCUUCCGUGUCCAGUCUCGACUCGAAGCACCACAAAGUCGCGCCAGCGAGAGACAAGGCGCUUAAAAUAUUCGGCUCCAAGGAGAAGUUGAAUAAAGCGCACAAGAAGAAAGAUUUGGGCAACAAUAAUGCCGUGCUCGAAGACCCUGAAUUGAGAGAGGGUUUCGAAUAUGAUGAUGCGCAGGUCCGGCCCCAUGACUAUGGGAGCGCGGAAGAGCUGGGCUCUGGGUCGGUAGACGAGAGGGGAUCGCAGGAGUGCAUCAGUUUGCCGGUCAACUUGAAUGCAGAACACAUGCCUGGGUUUCAGGACGUCGAGCUGAGGCCUAGAGUUGCUUCUGAGGCUUCUCUCACAUCCGGGGUGCGUGAGAUCGAAACCCUGCGGCGGGAACUGGAAGAGAGCACGAUGGAGCGAGCUGCACUUCAGUCGCGCGUCGACGAGCUGCUGGAGAAGGCAAGCGAAGCGGACCGGCUGAGGGCGGAACUCGACAGACUGAAGAGCCACGAAGCAGAUCGCGAAGCAGCACUAGAACGGCUAGCAGAUGAGAACGGAGCGCUACGAGCAAGGUUGCGGGGGGUCGCGCACUCCCCACUAUCGGACAGUGAGAAGCGCCAGCUGCUGCUCGCGCCAGCGCCGAGGAGGAUGCACUCGUCUGCACCGGCAUCGAUUGCUUUGGCUAAUGGCGAGGGAGAGAACGGAGAAGCCAGUACGCCAGAAUGGGACAAGCAUUCGUCGUCUUCGUUAAGUGAAGUGUCCGUCGCCUGCCUACAGGAUAGGAUCUUGCAGAUGGAGGAACAUCACUAUAGUCUUUUGGACAAUAUUGAAUUGUGCACAAGUGAAGAACUGCAAGCCACACUGGCCGAACUGGCCGACCUCCAAUCUCAACUGGCCGACGCGCACGCCGACAACGAGCGGUUGGCCGACGAGAAACAAGUGCUCUUGGAGUCGCUUUGCCGACAAACCGAGAAAUUGGAAGAUAGUCGGACCAAGGUCGAUACACUCCAGGAACUGUUACUGAGAGAAGGCAUCGAACCCGAAACUCUAGGACCCAUCGACACCGAUCAACAGUUGUUCGCUGUCCUUAAGGUAUCACAAGAAGAACGGCGGCUUCUGCUAAGCAAGCAAGAGCAGCUGGAAGCAGAGCUAGGAGAAGCGAGUACAGCGCUAAAAGAAAAGACCAAAGAAAUAGAAACACUCAAUGAGAGGAUACGGGCGCUGGAGGGCACGCUGGAGCGCGCGGAGGCGGAGCGCGCGCAGUGGGAGCACGAGGCGGGCGCCGCGCGCGAGGUGGCCGCCGCGCGCCAGCACCAGGUCGCCACGCUCUCCGACCUGCUGGACGCCGCCAAGGCCAAGUUGGCGGGAGCAGCGGAAGGCGCAGCAGCCGCCGAAGCAGCCGCCACAGCAGCAGCGCGGCGCGAAGCAGAGGCCGCGUCUGCGCGCGCACACGCGCUGGCCGAGCGGCUCGCGCACGCGCAGCGGCAGCUCGAUAGAGCGCACUCGGACGCGAGGAAGCUGCAUGAUGAUGCACUGGUGUCACGCAACAACGCAAAAUCAACAAUAUCCGAACUGGAGUUCCAGUUGGAACAACUUCGACAAGAGAAGGCCGCUUUACAAGGAGAACUGCAAACUUUGCAGGACAGCACAGCUGAGUUGCAAAUACAGGUGCAAGUAGCAACCGACGAGAAGCUAGCGCUGAUGAGCCGAGCGGGCGAAGCCCUAGCGCGCGCUGCGGACCUCGAGCGGCAGCUGCAGGACGCGAGGGCGAAGUACGCGCAGUUGGCGCGGGACCGGGAGAGAGAUGAAGCGGAAUGGAAACAAUUCCAAAGUGAUCUCCUCAUGACGGUCCGAGUUGCGAACGACUUCAAAACGGAAGCCCAAAGAGAGCUCGAAAGACUCGUCUCUGAAAACAAGAUGGCGAGAGACCGUAUACGACUCUUGGAGGAUCAGAUGCAUUCGCUUAAAGGUUUAAACAGGUCAGGGAAUGGAGAAAUCGUAAGGAAUUCGGACGAUGAAGUGUAUUAUAGUGAUUCUGAUGGCGUAGAUACUCCAACCAAUUCACCGAAAGAUAUUUUUCAGAAUAUAAGAACUCGAUAUUUAUCCCGUGUGCACAGUGUGACCGAUGUUUCCAAAGAUAGUAUCGUAGACCAAGCAUUCUUCAAACAUAAUGCACCAAGUAAUAGAAAAGAUGAUGAUAAAUCAACGAUUGAAAAUUACAAACUGUCUAUAGAAAAUGUAACAUUAGAUGAGACUAAUGAUGAUGAAAUAGAUAAUGCAUUGCCAAGUAUAUCAUUUGAUAAGAUCGGUUCUUCUUUAGUUAAUAAAGAUAUUAAACGACAAAAUGCUGUUGAUUUACCACCCAGUGCAAAACUUAUUAGGCAAGGUGCUAUAGACAACAGCGGCGUAUUAGAAAGAGAAUUUGUUAAAAAUACACAUCGGAGUAAAACAGGUUACAGUAAAAAACAGCUUUCGAAUUUAUUUAAUGGUAAACCAAAAUCGUUCAGUCUUGAUAAUCUAUGUUCAAGUGAGGAAUACAAAAAUGCUCUAAAUGAAUCAACUAGUAUUGAUUUAUUUAGUCAACACACAAAUUCCAGUGAAAUUUCUUUAUAUUCAGAAGGCUCUGAUAGCAUAUUUUUAUUCCCAAUUGUAAGAAACAACGAUGAUCACGAAAUACAGAAAAUCGAAAGUCCACCGCUUACCUUGGAAACAUUUAAACCGAAUGAAAAGAUAAAAGUACCGGUUAUAAAUAUUGAUAAAGAAGAAGAAAGAGAAGAAGUUCCUGUAAUAAAAGCAGAAUCAAUUUUACCAUCUCCAUAUCCAACUGAUUUACAUAAGGAAGACCUUCCGAUUCAACCUUUGAACUUGAAACCGGUCAUUGCAACUGAUAAGACGGCUGAUAGUGAUAUAAAAAACGUUAAUAGGCAACUGGAAGUUACUUUUAAAGCAGCUCUUGACAGAAUGAGUACUGUAAAUGAUGAAAAUGAUAAAAAUAAUAAUGUAUUUACUAGUUCUGAUCCACCAAAGAUAGAAGAAAAAAAGGAAAUUAUAGUAGACCCAAGUGCCGUUGGUCCUCUUAAACCAGAGCGACGCAAACAUAUAGCUAAAAAGUUAAACGAUAACAUUUCUAAUUCCAUUUCAGAAAAAUUAAAUAACGAUACAUUAUUAUCUCCAUCAAAAGAAUUAAAUAAUGCAGAUAAGCAAAGUGAUCCCUUUAAAGAACCUAUUAUCGAACACAGCGUAUCAAAAGAUAUUAAUUCAUUACCUGAACCGCAUAUCGACGAUAACGUGAGUUAUCACUUGAAAAUAAAUACUAUCAGUGAUUUUACAGCGCCGGAUAUAUCUGAUACACCUACUUCACAGGUAAGUAGGAUAAAUACAGAAAACAAAAGUGCAACCAGAUUUAACACGUAUUUAGCGCCAUUGAAUAUAGUAAACACUAAUAUUGGCCAAACGUCUCCUAUAAUAUUGAGUCCUGUUUUAAUACAACCGGUAUUUUUCAAGUCAAAUAAAUCAACGAAUGGAAAUGAGCAAAAACAAGAAAGCGUAAAGACUACAAUAUAUUAUGACGAUACAGAUAAAGUGAUUAGUAAAGAUAAUAAAAACAAAGCAUCAAUUGAAGAAAUUAAAACGAAUAUCGAAAGCAUUAACAGUAAUUUUGAGACCUCAAAAUCGGAUGUAGAAAAUAAGAAGACUGGAUUAUAUCACAAGAAUACCAAACCUAAACUGCUUCCUUUUGUGUCCAAAAAGUCACCAUCGAAUGAAAACUUAGAUAGAUCUGUAAAGGAAGAGUCCAAUAAUUCAGUAGCUAAAUUAUCAAGGUCGCCUCAAUGGCUUAUCGACAAUCAAUACUAUCAACCGAUGGAAAAUGUGCCCUUUGUAAUUAAUACAGUACAGACUUUUGUGAAACCUAGUUCACCAAUGAAUCUACCUAAGACAAAUGAGAUUCGGUUUAGUGGAAAGCCCCCUCCGCAGGUUCAUAAGAAAGAAGAAUCAGAAAAUUAUUACGAAGAAAUUGGGGAACCUAUACCUUUACCUGUUAGCAAAAACGUAGCCGAUGAUGACAAACUAACAAAUAAAAUUGCUAAUAAUGAUUUUGAGGAUGUCAAGCGAGAAGCCAUAUUGAAAGUGCCACGCAAACCCAAAAAACCUAAAACACAUCCAACGAGGCCGUUUAGCCAAGCUCAAGAUGCACCUGAAAUAGUAAAAGAAAUGUCUAAAGUAACGAAAUCAGUGAUAUCACUAUCUCGAUCACCCAGUGCUAGCAGUUUGACAAAACGACCAGAAUUCGGGAGCGUCAAUAAAAAUUUGGAUAAGAAACCACCUCAGCCAGAGCUUCGAAAACCUAUUGAAGUACCUCUAAGGAAGUUUUCGCUCCAAGGACAGAAAGCGCCAAGUGUGGAUACAAAUACAGGAUCUCUACCUCGCGACAGAAAAACGUAUCAUUGGACGACUCUGGAACACAAAAGACUAUCGCAUCCCAUACGCUCACUAAAUGACACAUCGAUACCCCUACCUUUACCCCCUCGUGCGGAAGAAACGCCAACACCCCCACCGUUAUUAUCUAGCGCGUCUUUACAAGACAUUAUGGCGACAGCGGCGUCGCAUCGUCGAACUAAAGGCGUAAGUCGGCAAGACUCCCGUCUAUCCGUGAAAUCUCUCAUAGAGAGUAUUGAGAACGCGGCGAAGGCGGCCAAGCAGUCGCCCGCUACCACGCCUGUUACUGAGUGGCCGCAGGUCCAAAACCAAACAACAACCACAUCCACAAUGAAGAACGGUACAACCGAACCCAGUACGGGUAACGGUCUCACAGCGCCCGCCUUCAACAAGCCGCCCGCCGCCAGAGCACGCACAUCGCCUAGUAGUGCGGAGUCGGGCGGCGGGAUGAGCAUCGCGAACAUGCCGGACGAGCAGCGCGCGCUUGCGUCGCUGCAGCAGAAGGCGAUCGAGUCGUUUGUGCGGCGGAACAGCUAUGGCGAUAUUUGUGAAAGGAAAGAUCCUCUCAACGCGCUACAAAUUAAAAACGGCGGGUCGAAACGCAAUGCGCUGCUCAAAUGGUGUCAACAGAAGACGAUGGGCUACAACAACAUUGAUAUCACCAACUUCAGUUCGUCCUGGAACGAUGGCCUAGCACUAUGCGCGUUACUACACUCGUACCUCGGCGAGACUCGAAUCCCGUACCCGUCAUUAACGCCAAACGACAAGCGGACAAACUUCUCGGUGGCUUUCGCAGCCGCUGAGUCAGUUGGGAUACCCACUACGCUGAACAUUCAAGACAUGAUUCAACAAGAGCGCCCAGACUGGCAGCAAGUGAUGGCCUACGUCACCAGCAUAUACAAGCACUUCGAGACUUAACAGUCUUAAUUAAACCAAUAAUAAGUAAAAAGGUGUAGAUAGAAAUGUGGCUAAUUAGCCAGAUUGACAGUUGUCUCUUUUUCGCUCAAGAUAGUUGAAUCAUGCCAUCUCUUUUUGACGUCUAAUCGUUUUUGAAGAUCCAAUGUUGUGUUGGCAACCUAUCUACACCUAUUUACUUAUUAUUAUUUGGUUGUUAUUUAUUAGCUUCUCUAUGCAUUUCCAAGGUCCAAAAUAUGUUUAAGCGGACCAGAUUUGUAGGUUAUGUUAAAAUAUGUGUGUUUUUGUGUUUGUACGUCUCGAAAUGUAUGUAUGUGCAGUUGUAUGGUAGAUGAUGCUAGUUUUUCUUCCAGAAUAUUGAAGUACUGUUUUAAUAUCACUAAUGGCUUUACUGCCGUCAAUUAUUAUUUAGGUUGUUCUUAAUUUGUCUGUGAAAAGGAAUUGACAGUGAUAUUCUAAUGGAAAUAAGUAUCUUUUUUUUGUACUAUAGAAUGAUUAACUAACGCUUUAAUAUUGAUAUUAAACGCGACAAUAUGAAUUAGUGUAUAUGUAAACGAAGCUAAGUAUUACUAUCUCGCUUCAACACGAAUAUGUAUGUUUAUGGGCGUGACAGAGACAGAAAUAAUACAACUGACAUUAUUAAGAAAAUUCUAAAAGAUGUGGUAUUUAACAUUCCAUUUAGUGCAUUUAUGAAGUUUGAAGAAAUAUAUCGCUUUAGUUAAUCGAUCUAUAGAUUUUUUCCUGAACAUAUUCGGUGCUACAAUAUUUAAGCCGUUUAAAUUUAAAAUAGGCUUUUUUCGCCAAUGAAAAUAUGCAUUGAGGCAGACUAUAUAAAAUUGAUAUCUAAUCUGCGAAAAACAUAAAUAUGUUAAUCCCUAAUAAAUGAGGGUAGUUUGCAUAUUUAUUCAAUAGGGUUAAAAAGUAAAAUUGUAUGCCUUUGACUGGCCUUUUGGUGUUGUGUACGUGUUAAGGAAUUGAAUCCCGUCUUUCCGUGAUAAAGACUGAUUGAUAGGUUUACUAACAUCGUAGGGUUGAGAGAUUCUGGGGUUGCCAACCUUUUUGACAAUAUUUUACAUAAAUUUUUUAACGAUGGAGAAGUAUUGAAAACAUAACUUGUUGCCCAUUUUAAGAAUGGAAUUCUAUAAAUUUAUUAAUUUAGUCUAUAGGUAACUAACAAAACUUAAGAUUAUUUUUCUACAUUUUCUUCCAUUUUCUUGGAGAAGAAAAUGAGGAAAUUAAAAAUUGGAUGUUUGGUGAAAAAUGUUGACAGCCUCAGAUAUCAUUGUGAUGUCGAUAUAGACUAAAUAUGUUUAUGGUCUAAUAGUUUUUGCAUUAAGUGCUUCUAGAUGAUGUUAUUCCAAAAUGGCGGACUUGAUAAAUAAUCCUUAUUCAGAGAAUCACAAAUGAAAAAUGAUAAUUUUUUAAUUGUACAAAAAAGAUUAUAACUUUAUUGACAAUAAUAAAGUGGUUGUCAUCUUUUUCUUUUCAAACAAUUGUAUUUAAAAUAUAACUGAUCGUCCGCCAUUUUGAUGACGUCAUAAGUGAGACGUGUAACGUAUAUAAAUAUAUUCUUGAAUGAUGUACUUCGGUGUCUAUUUAUGUGAGAGUAUUGGUAAUUCGUAUGUAUACAAAUUUAUAUAUUAAAUAAAUAUUCACGUACCAAGAUUUUUGAAGUAAAAUGAACCUUAGCGUAAUGUAAUACGGUUCAGAAUCCACAACUUCGUAGUGGCAUGAAUCUCACAUGUGUUAUUUCUAUUUAAAGUCGAUAAGUAAUGGCACUAACAGUUUCUAUUCGAUGAUAUAACAAUCUUAUUCUAAAACAUAAUUCAAAUAUCUUAUGAUAUUUCAUAAAUAUGAGGGUAGAACAAAAAAAGUUAAACAGUUGUUUUUCUAUACUCCCUAUUUUCAUGUCAACGAUAAAUAUCGCCACUGUAAAAUACCCUAAAAGCACACAUAAUAUGAAUUAUCACCUCCAAUCAUGUAGACGUUUGUCUUCCUUGUAUAUUAUGAACUAUGAUACAAACCAAUGAUUUAAAAUAUAAAAAAAAAAUACAUCAAAUAGCCCCCUAUUUGAACUGAUAUGCUCCAAGAACCAGUCAGUUUUUUAUAGUUAUAUUAUAUAUCUAAAUAAAUUCUGGCCUUCGCGAGUGUUAGAGACGCAUAGCACCAGCUGUACGCGUUUUAAAAUAGAGAAUAAAAAAGCCUUCGUAUGGAAUUAGUGAUUUGCGAAUUUUAUGUACUGUGGUAAACAAUUUUGUGACCAUAGAUAAAAAAAAAUAAUUGAAUUUGGAAUGUCAAUAUGUAUCUAGAACAUUCUAGUCUUGUAUUCUAUGGACACAAUUGCGACACCAUUGUUAUAAAAACGAUUAUAAUUAUUUUGCAUUGUAUCUGGUUGUUGAAGCUAUAGAGUAUAUAUUUUCUGAUAAUUAUAUUUCUGUAAAUAUAGCUUAAAUAAAGUUCCUGAUUUAUCGAA